CACCUAUUGUAAUGGCUACCGAUGGGACAUCUACGUAUCGAUGUUGUUUAUAUACUGGGUUUUGUGGUUGUCGCAUCAUUAAUAAUAAUAUGUGUGAGUUAAUACUAUAAACUGUACAAUAAAUAAUUUAUUUGAUACAUUUUUUGCCCCUGUAACGCAACUCUGCGCCCAAACUGGCUACUAAUUACUGAAGCACGAAAUGACCUCGACCCAUGGCGUGCCUCGUCAAGAUCGGGAGCUCCAUCCGGGGGCCAAAUUGGCUAAGUAGCCAAGUCCUGUUGCAAAAUAUUGCCAUUAAGAUGUUCUAGAAAUGGCGUCACUUGAUGAUUUAUGGUGUGAUAACUGUGAACGGAGCCAUGAAGGGCUUUGCCACAAGCUAGGGGCCUUGCACAAGGUCCAAGACUCCAUUAUCCCUUCACGGGCUAGACUCACGCUCCCCCAGUCCCUAACACUGAAGAGCAUCAAAGAGAAUGGAGUUGUUCGGCAGGGUGUGUUUGCCAAGAAAACAGUACCUGUACGGUCACUGUUUGGUCCCCUGGAUGCCCCUGUUAUUUCAAAAACAAAGGUAGCCAGCCCUGCAGAUGAAGCAACAACAGUUUGGAAGAAGAAACAUGCAAUGCAGAAGGCUAUGGAAACUUCAGGUUCUUCUCAUACAAGUGCUAACGAGAGUUCGGAGAUGAACAAUGAAUCUACUUCACCAAUUAUCUCCCACAUCAAAUCUCAACAGCCCCAGUCAAAGAUGAUGUCAUCGACAAGGGCUGCAGAUUUGGCCAUUUCAAGCAUUCAAGAGCAGCUUAUGUCCAUUACAAGAGAAAGUAUCAAUCAGAGAGUAGAUGCCGGUAUUCUAGGAUUUGCUCCUCUCCAAUCUACUCCCAUUCAUGGUAAUCACAACAGUUAUAGUCAUCUGCCACAGAAUCUUCAAGAUUUGCCUGGAAUCAAUUAUCAGAAUGGAUCUCACAACUUACCAAUCAUUCAUGAUCAGUUGACUUCAACACUUGAACACAUGCAAGGACUUGGACCUAAUGAAAUAGCGGCAAUACAUCAUAAUUUGCACAUUUCUGAUUUGAGCUCAGCCAAUCAGAUGACGCCAAUGGGGGCUGCAGACCAAUCAAUAUCAUCCCAGCAUGCUUUGCAGAUUGAUAUCCAAUCAGCUGAGAGUACAGGGGUAGCUGAUUCUGCCCACCUGAAUGUGAGUGACAGCACAGACAACCAAUCAGAAAAUGAGACAGAUGAGAGUCAGGCAUUGGACAUGACCUUUGAAUUCAAGGUGUUGACAGAUGAUGGGUAUACAGAGGUAUUGGACAGAGAAGAUGAGGAGAAUUCUAACUGGAUGAUCUUUGUGCAGCCUGCUAGCGUACUCCGGGAACAGAACCUCCUAGCUUACCAAGAGGAUGGACACAUCUUCUAUGUAUCCCUAAAGCCUAUAUCUCCAAAUACAGAGCUGAGGGUAUGGUACUCGAAGGACUAUGCCACGUCCAUUGGAAAGGGUAUGCUGCAGUCAGAGGAUGUGAGAUCAGGAAAGCCUCUUCACUGCUUGCAGUGUGAGGUCAGAUUUAAUGACCCCAGUGACAUGGAAAAUCACUUCUGUAUUGGCAAAACAAAGACACGUAGAAAGGGUCGCCCUCGGAAGUACGUCAAACCAACAAAAACAUGGCGAGCAAAACUUGAGAAAUCUCGUGCAAAAGAAUCUCAGCAGGACGUUAAACAAUUGAAAACAGCUGACAUAGAAAAUACAAGUGCUCAGAAAAUGAUAACUCAGACUCCUAAACGUGGAAGAGGUAGACCAAGAGUGAAGCCUCUUGUCCUACAAAGUGAAAAAGAGAGAAAAACUCAAAAAAGGAAGGAAGAAAAACCUAUAGUUUAUCCAUCUAGGAUUGAGAUUCAUGAGACAGUUAAACCUUCGCAGCCGGAAUUGAUAUCACAACAAAACCAUGAGGAAGUGUUUGUUAAUGCUUAUGAUGAUGUUGAAGAUAAUGGAAUUGAUAUGGAUUCAUAUCAUGGUGUAGAAGAAGAUGAUGAUGAUGAUGAUGAUAACGAAGAUCCUGCAUAUGAAAAGAGCCUCGUGGUUGAUGAAAAAGAGAAAAGAAAACGAGGUCCUAAGCUUACAAAAAGUCCAAUGUCAUGUCCUCAUUGUCCGGCACAGUUUAACGCUGAGGCAGCUUUCCAUGUUCAUGUGUAUGAACAUACUGGUGUAAAACCAUUUAUUUGUGAGAUUGUUUUAUGUGGCAGGGGAUUCUUGUCAAAGUUCAAGUUAGAGAGACAUAGACUCAUACACACAAGUCCUAGACAUCAUAAAUGCCCUUACUGUGAUAAAAGUUUCAAUCGUAAAGAUCACCUUAAAAACCACAUGGUAACCCAUGAUCCGAAUAAACGAAUGUGGACUUGCGAGUUGUGCGAUAAAAAAUACUGCUACGUUUUUUCUUAUAGAACUCAUAUGGCUAUUCACAGAGCAGAACGGGGAGAAACAUUGAGUUGUGGUAUUUGUGAAAAGAAAUUUGAGAAUAAAGAACAGCUUCUCUUUCACUUGAAAGUACAUACAGGUGCACGGGCAGCAAAGAAUACCACAGAGAAAACACACUCCUGUCAAGAGUGUGGGAAGAAAUUUUUCACCCUUAAAGAUGUCAAGCGACACAUGAUUACUCACACUAAGCGUAAAGAUUUCUUAUGCCAACACUGUCCUCAAAGGUUUGGCCGAAAGGAUCACCUGACUAGGCAUUUGCGGACAUCGCACACAAACGACAAAGAUUCCACAAGUCCAACAGGUAGACAAAGGCGAAGCACCGGUGAAAGUAGCAAUUCUUCACCAAGUAAACGUAAAGAGCGUCAAGUUUUUGCUGCAAAUGUUGAACCCACAAUGGUUCCACUUCAGAUGUCAAUAACUGGACUUCCUCAAGAGGAUCUGACUGACCAGCUAGUAAAUGGAGUUUUGCCUGCUGCUCAAAUUUCCAGCAAUGCAAUAACCCCUGCGUUGAUACAAAAUCUCCAGUAUGCUGUAAGCCAACUACAAGGUCAAAUACCAGCAACAUUUUAUGAGGCAGCAGCUCAAGCUGCAGCUAGUGCUCAAGAACAACAGCAGCAGCAGCAACAACAGCACCAACAACAGCAGCAACAACAGCAUCAGCAAUUACAGAUCACUCCUAUUCAUGCAGUACCUGCUUCUGCCGGUAUGCAAACGGUUCAAACAAGUCUUCCUCUUCAGUACAAGAUCAAUGAUGAAGGCUAUGUGGUAAGUGCACAGCAGCCUGAACAAACAAUUGUCCGUCAGAUCCAGCUGUCCCCAAACAUGGACUAUAAACACUUCACCCAGUCUCUACAGGGUAACAUGUACAUCACUUCAGCCAACCCCCAAUCCCUACACCAAAACCACCAGCAGCAGGCGGCCACGCCCACCCAGCCCACACAGACUCUUCAACAGCCAACCAUUCAGCACAUCACCCAUGUGCCCCAAUCCCAUCAACAAACUCAACACAUCCAAACUCUUCUGCCAGCAAGUAAAAUAGAGAUGCCUGAAAUCUCUCACACAAGUCAUGUGGUAACAAUGCAGCAACCACCGGAGUAUCAAAUAAGUGUGUCAUCCGGCCUUGAUCAAACUAGAGCUUCCCUCGUUGAAGCCAAAUCUGCUCCUAUUUCUCAAUUUUCAAACUUGCUUGGAUACAUGGAGACAAUACGGUUCUUGGAAAACCUUCCCACUAAUAACUCCAAUACAUACUCCUUUCCUAUGCAGCAGCUACAGGCUGUAAAUGUUGAAGUUUCACAGGGACAGUUUAUUCCUACUGGGUCUGGUAACACUGCACAAGCCAGCGCAGCAAAUGUCAUUAACAUUAAUCAAGCAGAUCUUGUGAAAGGAACUAUCAAUUUGAAUCAGACCGAUUUCUCUAAAGGUACUUUAAGCAUUAACCAGGUUGAUCUACCAAAAGGAAUGGUAACUAUUUCCCACCCCCAUGGGGCAGUUUUGACCGCUCAGGAUCUAAAGACAGUGGUCAGUCUGGCACAAAGCGGGACACCUCUACAGCAAGUUACAUAUCAACAACAAUAGAAGUCCAUGUUGUUAGUGCUGAAAUAAUUUAUUUUAUAUUGUAUUGUCAGUUGAUGACAAACUCAUGUUCAAUAUUAAUUGGACUUUAAACCAUUUUACUUAUUAUUUCAAAAACCUGUUUAUUUUUUUCUUAUACAUUUUCAUAAUUAUAUACUUAAAUGUUACUGUUAUUUGAUGCAGUUUAUACUGCGUACAUUUAUUAAUGAAUUAAUUCAGCAAUUAUUUAUGAUGUUUUAGUAAAACGAUAUGCCAUACAAAUUGUAAAGAAAAACCUGUUUUUGUCUGUUCUUUUUCAUAUGGAAAUAUAUAUAUAUGUAGAAGAACACUAUAUCUAUCUAUCUUGUUGUGUUGUUGUAUAUGAUUAGAAGAGUUUAAAGUAUUGUACUUGUAUGGUGAACAGUUACAUGUACCUUGAUUAAAUACAGAAUAAUUUAUAAUGACAGUCAGAUUUAAAAAGCAAACAACCACUGUAUUUCUUUGCUGACAUGUUUCUUUAAAAAAAUAGUAUGUGUUUAUCAAAUGAUUAUUUCAUAUCUUUGGUGCU